CUCACAAAGUCACAAAGGGUUUUUACACUCCAAAACACUUGACACACCCCAACACACCUUCUGAAUUUAGGGCUCAAUGGCUCCAGUCCUGAGCAGAAGCUUAUCCACAGCCUCUCUUGCUUCACUUCCUUCCUUAACACUCAGAAACCCCAACAAGGUCUUGAACCUCAGAAGUGCCUUUGUGCCCCAAAAUGGGCUCAGAAAGGGCUUUGCUUGCGGUGGUUUGAAGUGGAGGCUUGAGACCCAAAAUAGGCAGGUCACUGUUCGCUGCGAUGCGGCGGUCGCCGAGAAAGAGGUCGCCAAUACGCCCGGUGAGGAAUUCCAGUACCAAGCCGAGGUCAGUCGGCUAAUGGAUUUGAUAGUGCACAGUCUAUACAGCCACAAGGAGGUCUUCCUUAGAGAGCUUGUUAGUAAUGCAAGUGAUGCGUUGGACAAGUUGAGAUUUUUGAGUGUGACUGAGCCCUCGCUGCUUGGAGAUGCUGGUGAGCUACAGAUACGCAUCAAACCCGACCCAGAGAAUGGGACUAUCACUAUAACGGAUACCGGUAUUGGGAUGACGAAAGAGGAACUCAUUGAUUGCCUUGGUACCAUUGCUCAGAGUGGUACUUCAAAAUUCUUGACUGCUCUGAAGGAAAAUAAGGAUCUUGGUGCAGACAAUGGUUUGAUUGGUCAAUUUGGUGUUGGGUUCUAUUCUGCUUUUCUUGUUGCUGACAAGGUAGUUGUUUCUACAAAAAGCCCAAGAUCAGACAAGCAAUACGUCUGGGAAUCAGCUGCUGAGAGUAGCUCUUAUGUGAUUAGGGAAGAAACUGAUCCAGAAAAUAUCAUUAGCCGUGGGACGCAGAUCAAACUAUAUUUAAGGCCGGAUGACAAGUAUGAAUUCUCAGAGCCUGCCCGGAUCCAGAGUUUGGUGAAGAAUUACUCGCAAUUUGUUUCUUUCCCCAUCUACACAUGGCAAGAAAAGUCAAGGACUGUUGAGGUUGAAGAGGAGGAAGAACCAAAGGAAGGAGAAGAACGAAAGCCCGAGGGUGAGAAGAAAAAGAAGACUAUAACUGAGAAGUAUUGGGAUUGGGAAUUAGCCAAUGAAACAAAGCCUAUAUGGAUGCGGAGUUCAAAGGAAGUAGAAAAAGAUGAGUACAAUGAAUUCUACAAGAAAACAUUUAAUGAGUUCUUGGAUCCACUUGCUUACACUCACUUCACCACUGAGGGUGAGGUGGAAUUCAGGAGUGUUCUUUAUAUUCCUGGGAUGGCGCCAAUGAACAAUGAGGAUAUAGCAAAUCCAAAAACAAAGAACAUUCGGUUAUAUGUGAAGAGGGUCUUUAUCUCAGAUGAUUUUGAUGGUGAACUAUUUCCAAGAUACCUGAGCUUUGUAAAGGGUGUGGUGGAUUCAAAUGAUCUUCCUCUUAACGUUUCCCGAGAGAUUCUUCAAGAAAGUCGAAUUGUAAGAAUUAUGAGAAAGAGACUUGUAAGGAAAACAUUCGACAUGAUUCAAGAACUCUCUGAAAGUGAAAAUAAAGAGGAUUACAAGAAGUUAUGGGAGAACUUCGGCAGGUUUCUGAAGUUGGGUUGUAUUGAGGACUCUGGAAAUCACAAGCGCAUAACACCUCUGUUGCGGUUUUACACUUCAAAAAGUGAGGAAGAACUGACGAGUUUAGAUGAAUAUGUUGAAAACAUGCCUGAGACCCAGAAUGCCAUCUAUUACUUGGCAACAGACAGUCUGAAAAGUGCAAGAAGUGCUCCAUUCUUGGAAAAGUUGGUUCAGAAAGAUAUUGAGGUUUUGUAUUUAGUUGAACCUAUUGAUGAAGUGGCGAUCCAGAACCUACAAACCUACAAAGAGAAGAAGUUUGUGGACAUUAGCAAGGAAGAUUUGGAACUUGGUGAUGAGGAUGAGGUCAAGGACAGGGAGACUAAACAAGAAUACACACUGCUCUGUGAUUGGAUAAAGCAACAACUUGGUGAUCAGGUUGCAAAAGUCCAAGUCUCGAAGCGUCUAAGCUCAUCUCCUUGUGUUCUUGUUUCGGGCAAGUUUGGAUGGUCUGCUAAUAUGGAAAGAUUGAUGAAAGCCCAGGCACUUGGAGAUACUUCAAGUUUGGAGUUCAUGAGGGGCAGGAGAAUAAUGGAAAUUAACCCAGAUCAUCCUAUCAUUAAGGACCUAAAUGCUGCUUGCAAGAACGCCCCUGAGAGCACUGAUGCCAAGAGAGCUGUAGCCCUCUUGUUUGACACAGCAUUGAUCUCCAGUGGAUUCACUCCCGACAGCCCAGCUGAGUUGGGAAACAAGAUAUAUGAGAUGAUGGCAAUGGCCCUUGGAGGAAGAUGGGGUAGACUGGAAGAUGAGGAGGCAGAGGGAAAGGCAGCAGAUGACAAUGCCGCAGAAUCUGAUGCAAGCGCUGGCGAAGCCUCUGAAGCAGAAGUAGUUGAAGCAUCAGAGGUGAGGGCAGAGAGCGAUCCAUGGAGUGAAUAAAUGUGUUUACUGAAAUCAUCUAUUACAAAAAUUUUGGCAGUAUUUAUUUCCUUAGUGUUUAGGAAGCAUAAAGUUUGGAUGGGGAAAAAGGUGUUGCUUUUGUUGAAAAAUAAUGAUGGUUACUACUGAUAAAUUCACGUAUUGGGUCCUAGAAUGAAUUAAGAGGUCCUUUAUAAGCUCAUGUGUGCGUUUUCUCCAUCAAAAGUCUACUGAAGCAUUGAAUUUCAAUAA